UCGUGUUGCUCGCAUCUAGCUCUAGUGCACGUAUACUCGCCACCCUGCAAUAGUACAAUAAGACGUAAGUCGUGGACACGACAUACAACAUACGUCUUGGCUGUUUCGGGCGAGAGCCGUACGUGUGCUAAGGAAUCGGGCGUCAAAGAGGGAGACGGCGGUCCGACGAAGACGACGACCGGUGGUUGAUAGGCAGAUAUAUUUACAUAGCACGGCAUCGACAACCCCCCGUCCAGUCAACGUCGUCUACCUCGCGACUUUACCAGGAACUUCUGGGCUAAGCGCAAGCUCAGCCCUACCUAUACCCUACAUUUGCUGCUAGGAAAACGCGAUCUCCCUCACGGCUGGUUACUCUUUCUUUCUGGCGUUCUUUCCUUUUCUGUAAUUCCUUGCUACAUUUAGUAUGUCAAGUGUUUUGUAAAGAUGCUAAGAGCAUCAGUUUCAUUGGAAUCGACUUGUAUGAUUAGCUGUCAAAGUCAAAGUAGUCGUAUCACAGAUUUGUCAAACAAUAGCUGAACGAGUUAUUCAAACUAAGAGUUUGGGUCAAAGUCGUGGGUCCUAUUGUUAGUCAAUCAUGGAAUCAAAAAACAGAAGGACUAAAAGAAAAGACAGCAGUGACAGUGACUCUGAUGAUAGUAGUUCUGAAGAUGCCAGCCCAGUUUCAAACAAAAUGAAAAAAAUUUCAUACGUUAAACGUGAAGUAGCAAAGAAAAUGAAUAGGACUAAGAAAGUGUUGAGUAAAUUAUGUGAUAGUGAAGAUGACAGUGAUCCAAAACAGCGUUUACUGUUGAAGAGGCCUAUAUCAACUUUGUCUGUUAUCAGAAAAAAGACGCCACAGAAAAAGGAUCCGUCCUCUGAUGAUUCUAGUUUUGAUUCUGAAGACUCGUUAAAAAAGCAUUCCAAAAAAAAUGUAAAGACUAAAAAAAUAAUUAACAUUAAAUCUAAAAAUCAAAGUACGAGUGCAUCAGAGUCAGAUGCAAAAGAAGAAACGAUCAUCAAUAAAAAAAAAAGUAAAGUCAAGCUAACAAAAAAUAAGUCUAUUAUUUAUCAUACAAAGAUUGGAAUUGAUUGUGGAACAGACAAAAAUGAGUUCCAGAAACCUAAAAAAUUGAAAAAUAAAUCUAGUUGUGUGGAAAAUAAUGUGUACGAUGAUUAUACAAUUCUAGAAACUCCAACCAAGUCAGAUGACGAAGCUAUACCUGUUGACAAAAAAUUUGAAAUCACUCUGAAGCAUCACAUCAUACAGGAAUUUGAUAAAAUUCAAAAAAUAACUGAAGAACUGAAAGAAACUUUAGAGUACAAUUCUGAAUAUGUAGUUAGUAAACAAGUUAAUGUAGUCGGUGACUCGAAAUUUUUAGCUCAUAAAAUAUUAAGAAUUUACGAUAGCACUUACAAAAAAUUAAAAGAAAGUAAAAAUGACUUUUUCAAAAAAUAUACGGAAUGGGUAAAUACUUGCAGUAAGAACAAAUCAUCAAAAGAUGGUUCAUACUUAAAAUCUUCAUCUGAAGUGUCGUUUAAAAAUCGUUUUAAAAUUUCUUCCGAUGAUUCAAGUGAUUCAAUAGAUACUCCAAAAAAAAAAUCGGCACAUACAGAAAAAAUUGAUGUCGGCAAAAAUAAGAGUCUUUCUAAAAAAUCCAAAGAUACUUCUGAGUCUGACAGUUCAGAGAAAGAGAAAAAUCUACCGAAAAUGAAACAUCGAAUAAAAAUUGUGAAAAGAAAAAAUCUUCUGAAAAUAAAGGCUGUGAAAGCGAUGAAUCCUCUAAAUCUCAAAUUUCUGUAA